AUGGUUGUAGCUGUGGUGUUGGUCCGUGGAUGCCAAGACCCUGAUUUCGGCAUAAACUUUGUUGAAUCACCUGAUGGCAAUAAGAUGCUAAUUGAUUCAGAAGAGGGCGCUAUACAUCUGAGCUCCAAUUUUGCGUCUUUGAUUAAUUGUGUUAAGAAUCAAUGGCUCGUACCAAGCAAACUGCUCGUAAAUCAACCGGUGGAAAAGCUCCAAGGAAGCAACUCGCCACCAAAGCUGCAAGAAAGUCCGCACCCACAACCGGUGGAGUCAAGAAGCCCCACCGUUACCGUCCUGGAACUGUUGCUCUCCGUGAAAUUCGCAAGUACCAAAAGAGCACGGAGCUGCUGA